GAAGCAGAGAAAGGUGUGAAAUUCCUAACAUUGCCACCAGUGUUACAUCUACAGCUGAUGAGAUUUAUGUAUGACCCUCAAACGGACCAAAAUAUCAAGAUCAAUGAUAGGUUUGAGUUUCCCGAACAGUUACCGCUUGAUGAAUUUUUGCAAAAAACAGAUCCGAAGGACCCUGCAAAUUAUAUUCUUCAUGCCGUCCUUGUUCACAGUGGAGAUAAUCAUGGUGGACAUUAUGUGGUUUAUCUAAACCCCAAAGGGGAUGGCAAAUGGUGUAAAUUUGACGACGAUGUGGUGUCCAGGUGUACGAAAGAAGAAGCAAUCGAGCACAAUUACGGGGGCCAUGAUGACGACCUCUCUGUGCGGCACUGCACCAACGCGUACAUGUUGGUUUAUAUCAGGGAAUCCAAGCUGAGUGAGGUGUUACAAGCUGUCACCGACCAUGAUAUUCCUCAGCAGCUGGUGGAACGAUUACAAGAAGAGAAAAGGAUCGAGGCCCAGAAGCGAAAGGAGCGGCAGGAAGCCCAUCUGUACAUGCAAGUGCAGAUAGUCACAGAGGACCAGUUUUGUGGCCACCAAGGCAAUGAUAUGUAUGAUGAAGAAAAAGUGAAAUAUACUGUGUUCAAAGUAUUGAAAAAUUCUUCACUUGCUGAAUUUGUCCAGAACCUCUCCCAGACCAUGGAUGACUACUACAAAACAGGAUUAAAAAAUAGUUUUGUUUUAAUUAAAUUUAAACCCCCCCUCCAGGGAUUUCCACAAGAUCAGAUUCGAUUAUGGCCAAUGCAAGCCAGGAGUAAUGGAACCAAACGACCAGCAAUGUUAGAUAAUGAGGCAGAUGGCAAUAAAACGAUGAUUGAACUCAGUGAUAAUGAAAACCCUUGGACAAUAUUCCUGGAAACCGUUGAUCCAGAACUGGCUGCUACUGGAGCAACAUUACCCAAGUUUGAUAAAGAUCGUAAGUGCCCACCAAACACCCGACCACCUUCAGAGCAGAAGAGGGGGAUUCCUGGGCCAUCAUUCUACUCACUCAGUGUUGAGCAUUAUUCCCUUGCAAAGCAAUCUCCCUGUUUUCAAAAUUGCUUGUUAAACCCCUGUCAUGGCCUAGGCUUCUUGAUGAAGUAAAGUAGGAGUGACCAU